CUCAAUAUGACAACAACUGUCAAAUAUCGGCCGACUGUCAACAGGAUUUUGCUAAAGGAUUUCUGGACAUCGCAAAAUCUUCUCGCAUCUGUAGCCGGAACGAUUUCGACGUUUUCGUGAAAAAACUACCCGAAAAUGCUGACCAACCAGAUCCUGUCCGCUGCCCGGGUCAUGGGACUGCAGGCUCGCCGUAACUAUGGUAUCUCUGCUGUACUGAUGGCGAAGGCUAGCGAUCCAAUUCAGCAGCUCUUCGUAAAUAAGUUGCGUGAAUAUGCACAGAAGAGCCAGAGCGCCGGUGGCAAGCUUGUUGAUGCUACGCCGGAAAUCGAACGUGAAUUGAAGCAAGAGAUGGAGAAGCUGGCCAAGCAGUACGGCGGUGCGCAAGGCGAAGAUAUGACUACGUUCCCUGCGUUCAAGUUCGAGGAACCUAAGAUCGAUCCAAUUAACGCUAGUGCUUAAAUUAUGUCGGGUCAUCUAAGAGUAUAGGAACUAAAACUGCUGCUACUACCGAAACAGAUGUAAAAAGUA